AUGAUGAACUUAUCGGCUGCCGCCAACGCCGCCUGCGAUGAGUUCCCCUACGUGCCGUCCAACCCGGGCUCCGCUCCCCCUUCUCUGCUCCCAAUCAUGGAGCAGGAGAGCAGCAUCCAGAAGGAGCAUCAUCAUCAGCUGGGCUACAACCUCGAGGCCAACUCCCUGGCGCUGCUCCCCCCGUCCAACGCCGCCGCCCACCACCACGCCACCACCAUCGCCGGCGGCCACAGCCCCCACGACAUCCUCCAGUUCUACCCUGCUUCCGCCUCGCACUACCUCGCCUCCGCCGCAGGCGCCGGCGGCAACCCCUACAGCUACUUCGGCUCCGCCGGGACCGGGAGCACCUUCCACCAGUCGUCGUACUACCCGCCGGCCGCGCCCGAGUACUACUUCCCCACCCUCGUCAGCUCCGCCGAGGAGAACAUGGCCAGCUUCGCCGCCACGCAGCUGGGGCUCAACCUCGGCUACCGGACCUACUUCCCGCCGAGAGGAGGGUACACGUACGGCCACCACCCGCCGCGCUGCCAGGCUGAGGGAUGCAAGGCCGAUCUCUCCAGCGCCAAGCGCUACCACCGCCGCCACAAGGUCUGCGAGCACCACUCCAAGGCGCCGGUCGUCGUCACCGCCGGUGGACUGCAUCAGAGGUUCUGCCAGCAGUGCAGCAGAUUCCAUCUGCUGGAUGAGUUCGACGAUGCCAAGAAGAGCUGUAGGAAACGCCUAGCGGACCACAACCGUCGCCGCCGGAAGUCAAAGCCUUCGGAUGCUGAUGCCGGAGACAAGAAAAGGGCACAUGCGAACAAAGCAGCUGCUGCUAAAGACAAAGCAGGAAGUAGCAGCAAGAACAUGGACAUUGGAGAUGGGUUGGGUACACAGAUACUGGGAAGUGCACUCUUGUCCAAAGAACAAGAUCAAGCCAUGGAUCUUGGAGAGGUGGUGAAAGAAGCAGUGGAUCCCAAGGGGAAGGCAUCAAUACAACAGCACCACGGCAUCCAUCAACAGCAUCACAGCUUCCCCUUCCAUUCAUCGUCAGCAGGCUCUUGCUUCCUCCAGACCCAAGCAGUCUCCAGUGAUACCACAUCAAAUAUAGCUCAAGUGCAAGAGCCAAGCUUAGGGUUUCACCAUCAGCACCACCAACACAGCAACAUCUUGCAGCUCGGCCAGGCUAUGUUUGAUCUCGACUUCGAUCACUAG